AUGGAGGAGCAGCGACAGGAGGAGCUGAAGCAGCGCCUCAACCAGCUCUUCAAAGACUUCGCCCAGAAGGUGGAGAGGAUUCAGGACUUCCCCUUGAAGUUCGAGGUUGCGGAAGAGGGCCCCUUCCAGUUUCAAGGAGUUCCGUCGAAGACCAACAUGCGCCUCUUCUGCUGCCGGCAGUCCAUCGUGGGCAUCGAGGAGUGGCCACCGCUGGUCGUAGAUAUUCGCGACGUGGAGAUCGUCUGCUUUGAAAGAGCGUUGGGACAUACCCGCGAGUUCGACCUGGUGCUGGUCAUGAAGAACUACAACGAGUCGAUCAUUCGGAUCACGAUGAUCGAUGGGAGACAUCUGCCUCCAAUCAAAGCGUGGCUUGCUGACCUCGACAUGGUUUGGUACACCAUUGGGAUGAACAUGAACUGGACGAACGUCUUGAAGCACAUUACCGAAGACAUAGAAGAGUUCCUCGAGAAUGGUGGCUGGCAAGCAUGGUUCACGAAUCCGAAUGAAGAUUCUUCGGACGACGCCGGGAAGGACGAUGGUGACGAUGACUACGAGCCGCAGGACUCCGAUGAUGAUUUCGACGCAGAUGCAGGCGACAUCGAAGAGGACUCCUCUGCAGAAGAUGACGUGGAAGAGGAUGAGGACGAAGAUGACAUGGACGAAGAUGCUGGUGACGAAGAUGAGGAUUACGACGGUGCUGACGACGAUGAGGACUCCGGGCUUGACUGGGACGAGCUUGAGAAAGAGGCCUUGGAGGAGGAGCAGAGAGCGAAGAAGCGAUCUCGCGCCCCCGCCGGCAGAGGUGCGGCCAAAGCUCCACCCCGCAAGACGAGGAGGUGA